AUGCUCAUUAGCCUUGGUCACCUUGCUGCACAGCUUGGCGCUUUUGUUGGUGAAAGUGACAGUGUUAAGAAAGCCGUUAAGAAUGCUAUUAAAGCUUGUUUCGACACUAAUCCAGACCUAAAAACUGACUUAAAUGAUGUUUACGAUUCUCAUGUUACUACCCUUUCUGUGUCUGUCAACUCUGCUGACCAGGCUGGUGAAAACCAGAAAAUUAGUGAGCUUAAAGAUAAAGUUACUAGUCAAAUUGCUGUAAUUAGUGAACAAGUUAAUACCCUUAAUAACCCUCUUAAUCCCUCUCCUUCUUCCCCCUCUCCCUCUGCUGACUCAGCCAAAUUGCAGUCCAAGUUGGAGGUUUUGGAGAAAGUGGAGAAGCUUUGUGGAUUUUAUGAGAAUUCUAAAAAUGCGUCAAAUGAUCCUAAAAAUCUCUUAGAUAAUUUAUGUGACGGUCUUCAGACGUUUCUUGGUUACGAUAAAGACUCCAAAGGCUACGACGGCUCUGGCAUUGUGUACUCUGACCUGGACAGGCUGUGUGACGCGGUGAUGGGAUUUUUGAGUGGUGUGCUCAGUAACAUCAAAGAGCAUUUAGGGCAGCAUAAAAAUUCUUUAGAUGAUGCAAUUAACAUUCUUAACGCCAAUAAACACGGCGGUAAAAAAGGUUUUAAUGAUGCGAUUGUGAAGGUGGUCGAAGGGGUGGGGAGGUAUAAUAAGGGAGUGGAGCAGUCUAAUACCUCCAUUAGAAAUCCAAUAAGGACACUCUUAAAAUACGUCAAGGCAGAAAAAGGUACGUUACUUGAUGGUCUUAAUGCUAUUAUUCAGGUACCGGACGACGCUGCACAUGAUGCAGUUGAGCAAGCCGAGACACAGGUGCGAGAUAAACUGACGGAAUGCCAGCAGGCAGCCGACACGUUCAACACAGCUUUUAAUCUUAAAACACAAACAGACAUGAAUAAAUGUAUUACAGACUUGAAUGACAAAAUAGAGACUAAAGUUAGACAUUCCAUUGGCAAUGUUAAGCACGAGAGCGAGAGGCUCAAGGCGUUGGCUCAGAAGGAGCGGAGUGACUUAGAUGCGACGAUUAAGGUCACGACAGAUACGCUCGAAAACCUAAGAAGUGGCGUAAGAAAGAACGUUUGUGAGCGAGUAACGACGCUAGUGUCAGAUUUGAAAAACAUUGUUACAUUGAUUUUGAAGGAACUCAGAGCAAUGAAUUUGAAACUCGAAUGGUUGGUGAAGGAACUAAAGCAGUGGAUGGAGGAGGCGAAAAAAAUCAUCAAGGAAACAUUACGCAAACAAGUGGAAGAAAUUAGAAGAGAAAUCGAUGAGGAUGCGGGAAGCAAAAAUCCCAACCAUAAAAAGAGUCUGCUUGCUGAAAUUACGAAACUUGAAACGGCACUCGGCACAAAAGUUAGCGAGUUGGAGAAGUGGAAAGAAGCGGGCGACGCGGCCGUUAGAUUGGCGAAGGAGAAGUGUGAUGAGAUAGUUGGGAAGUUGAAUGGAGGGGAUACUGAGAAAGACGUUGGUACUAAAGGAGGCGUAAAAGAUGCAGCUGAGCAGUUGAAAAGCAAAGCUGAAGAGUUACGAGGGAAGGCGUUGGCUACAAAGCAGAAAGUUGCGGAGUUGGUCAGGGAGGCAUUGACGGCGGUGAAAAGGAUGGACGAUGCGCUGAAACAGGAUUUGUGGAAGGUGAAGCAAGAGAUAAAGAAUGCGGUUAAGGCAUUAGGGAUUAAGUUGGAAGGGGAUGUGAAGGAGGAUUUGACGACGUUGAAGGGGGCAAUUAGCGGGCCACUCAGUAUAAUAACGUCAGGUGCCGUUGAAUUUUUAGAGAAACUUAGAGCUACACAUAGAGCAAUUCAGGCAGCUGUCGAAAAUAUUUACGACAAUGUAAAUAAAGUCAGAGAGCUGCAAAAUUUAAAUAGCAUUGAGGGUAGUCUCGAUUCUAAAAUUAAAUUGCUUCCGGCAAUGCGCACUGAAAAUGCGUUUACUCGGCUUACAACCUACUUUGAGCAUCUGGACCAGCACAUAAUGCAAAAAGUUGAAGAUUCGAUGCGAAGGAUAGGUUCUGUGAUGUUAGAAAGAGUUGCUCUGUAUGCCGGUGGGGUCAACCUAGACUAUGAGCUUGGUAAAUCUCCCAUUAAAGACGGAAUCUCUGAGGCACUCGAAUCACUAGCCAAGGUUAGCAACUUAAAAACGCUACCCAAUCUGGCUGAUCUGAAAUCUAUUCUGGGCAACACGGAGUGGGAAGAUUUGCAGACAGUUUUGACUGGUAUUUCGUCGGUGAAAGAUAAAAUCACUGGUAAAACAGCAGACAAAAUGACCAAAGAGGACGUAGAAUCAUUGCUGACAUAUUUUUCUUCGAUGGCUCAAGCUAUAUCUUCUCACUCUGACAAGCUGGUAAAAGCAGUAAUGGCAGCAAUUCAGAAAAAGGUUAAAGAAGAAAUUGGAGAGGUAGCCGGUGCUAUCAAUGCUAAAGUUGGACACAUUAGAACCGGUGUUCAAAAAGACACCGAGAACGACGGUAAUGAGAAUUACGGUCUAUCCCAUGACCAGCCAAACUCUAGAGGCCUGCAGGCGUUGGUGACUCAGUUUGAGAAAAUUAACCAGAAACUUGAGGAACUUAAAAAUACUACCAUCCCAAAUACAAUCUUCAAAACGAGCGGCGUAGGGGAUAACAACUAUGACCUCAAAACCGUCAUGUCCAAUUUCCACACUACCUACGAGAAAAAUUUCAAAGAAGGCGAUAUCAAAACUGGCGGUGGAACCGGUACCAAAAGUGUGCUCGACGAGGAGAUCGGCGGGGAUGGCACGACUACUGUAGGUGCAGCGCAAAAAAUAUCUAAUCUUGCGACAGGUAAAUUCACUAAUUAUGAACAGCAAGUUAAACAAGAUAGCCUCACAAGUGGUGACCCAAACAAGCUAGAAGGCGAACUACCCAAGGCGAUCAAGGCUAUCGAGACAACGGUGAACGGAAAAGACUGUUUGCAAAAUGUUAAUAACGGAAGAGGUGGCGGCGAUGGAACGUUUGACGGCCAAAUGUUCGAAACCUUAAAUCAAAAAAUCACCACCAACCUCAACUCCUUCACCGACAAAGUCAAGGAUCUUGUCAAAGAUGGCGGUUCUAACAACGACGUCAAUGCCUACCUAGAAGACGUGUCUCUUCUGCUCAAUACUGGAGAUCCAGUUACCCUCAAGUCAGAUAUAAAAGGGAGCCACAAUGGUGUCAAAGGCCUCGUGACGAUCAAGGAAGAUAUUCAUAACUUGCAAACCACAAAUAUUAAAGAUGUGAAAGACUACCUCAAAUAUAUGUGCGGUUAUGUUAGGAACCACACGAAAGACAUCGAUGCGCAAUUAAAUAAUCUCGCAGAUAAUCUUAUUGACAAGCAGCUUAAAGAUCUUCAUGACCAACUUCACACCCUGCAAAGCAAGACACUGGAUAAAAUCAUCAAAGCCACCGAGACGUUUAUCAACACCGACACGAAAGUGCUACAAGAGAGGUGCAUUGACGAGCUUUAUGAAUACCUGGAUAGACAGGUGGGAGAUGUUAAGCAACAACUCUCCACCCACGCCCGCAGGCAGUACGUUAGCUCAAUAGACGCAUUGCUCAAAGCAUUCGCCAAGAAAACCGAGAGCGAAUUAAAACCGCUGCUUAUAGACGUUAACAGCGAUUUGAAUAUCGGACUCAAGGGGUUCAUGAAGAAAUUCGAUGAGAAGUUCGUCGGCGGUAUUAAAGCGCUCGGCGCCAUUGACGCUACGUCGUUCACUGUGCAGGGAUUGCGGAAAAUCCAUCCGAUGAGCCAGGCGGCUGACAAAUUUAAUACAUGCCUAAAGGCAUCGCUUGAAUAUCUGGAGAAGCAAAAGGAUCUCACCUCCGAUUACAAAAUCAUUACGCCUGCCAAGGAGGCCCUUCGCAAAGUGCUCGCCAAACUCGUGCAAUCUCAACACUUCGACCACGAGUUUUGUAACAAUUUAGAUGCUCUUACUGACGAAUUAGAUAAGUUGGCGCCUGGUAAAUUUGGUCAACCCACGACCGUGCUCUCGCAGGCGUUCAAGGAGGGGUUCGCUGACCUGGCGUCGGUGCUGGGAAAGGCUUACGUUAAUAUGUAUGAUGGCGCUUCGGAUGGCUUUUUAUGGACAAAUGCAGCAAAGGAUCACAAGUUGACUGACGACGCUGUGAAGUGCGCCAAAGUAUGUUGGAGCGUUUUGCCCAUCCUACAUAGUGGGCUGACGCAUUUACGGGACCAAUGCUCCAAAAACUAUCCUGCAAGCCAAAUCCAUUUAACAUCAGGUCCGGGUGUUCUAUUGACACAUAUGGGCUACGAUGUUGCUAAAGGACGUACUUCACAAGAUGGUCAACUGCGGAACAUGGAAACGAUGAUGGGUGAGAAGAUUGCAAGAUUGCUUGCCAAAAAUAUUUCCGGCAACGACAAUGAACAUCUAAAUGAGCGCAUCACAAAAAACAUUGGCACGUUCAAUCUCUUUAACGUUCUUGAAUGCCUAUACACUCACUUGAAUGACUACUACUCGGUACGUCACUUGGUUCUCAACCCUAGACCUAGAAUGCCAUGUAACAUAUAUGAAAUGCUGUGCUGGAUGUCCGGGCUGCCGUGCAACAACGUUUUUGACGAGAUGUUACAUGAGGCUGUCAGCGAACUGUUCGUCGAUCCAGAAAAGCAGGUCACAGACGGCGAAUUAUCUGCUGCGGUUAUUAGCGACGAACCCAUUGCGGCGUAUCCACAUGACAUUAAUUAUAAUCCAUUACUAACAGCGCUCACCGACAUCUGUUCACAAUCCCAUGAUAUUCUCACCACCAUCCUAGGCACGGGAGACUCAUACACCAUAUACGCCGUCGACUACUCUACCAACUCAUUGGGUCUCCGUUAUCCGUCAACCGGGGAGGAUUGCUUACAGAUGCUCCUCGAUAUUCUAAGACGGCUGUUCCCUGUCCUGAGAUUCAUGUAUGCCCAAUGCGGCCUAAGCGCUGCAUACCGUGGUUGGUAUGACUGCCAGUACGGCAAAAAUGUAAAAUACUCCAAUUGGAAUUGCCGUGAGCAUUCCGCCAAACAGCAGCUUGAUUGUUACCCUACGUCACCUCUAAUGUCGUAUCUUCGUGACUGCCUUCCUGGUCUGCUACCUCACCGUCUCACCAACAUAGGCUGCAAAUCAGUGUGCGCCAACUGCCCUAAGAAACUACCAGGGCAACCAUGUCUAACGCCGCUCGGAUUCAGAAGCUUCUCAGGAAGUACGAGGACGGGUAAAGAGCUAUGUAACGUGCUGGCCAAAUUCUUCGACAAUUCAUAUAUCACGUCGCUAUUUAGUUUGACGCCUAAACCUCCAUCCACAUUGUCAGAGCACUUCGAAUUUGCGUUGUCGCUUGCACAGUGCAUCAGUACCCCUACGUCAAAUCACAACAACGGAGUCACGGAAUUGCGAGAAGCGUUCGAGGAAAAUAUCACUAGUAAUUCCAUUGCGUUAUAUAAAGUGCCCAGCAAACUCACAGAUGCUCUACUUAAAUCUUACUGCAAUAGAGAGAUCGCGCAUAGCGCUAAACAUUCGGAUGCUAAAAACACUGACCUCUCAAGCUUAGCAAGAGAGAACUCGUGCUCGGAUUUAUACAGCCAAUGCGCUCCCUACCUCUGCUCCACAUCUUCCGAUGCGUACACGUACCUCGCCAAAAAGCACGCCGAUCUCUACCUCUCAUGGGCUGUAUAUCUACCGUGGACAUUCUACAGUUACCUGAAAGGAUUGCUCGAUGCGUUCCAGCAGAUUGAUUGUGGAGGCUCCGGUUGUACGAAAUGUUCGUGCAAGCCGGGAAAGCACGGUGUCGAAUACAGCUGCAAGUGCAACGCAUUGAUAAGCUGUCGUGGAGUGAUGACUACGUUCUACCAAUACGGGUUCACUUUUGGCAACGCAAAAACGCUGUAUGGAACUAACAGAAAAUUCUGCCUUAGUUUCCAUACACAACUGAGUAAUCUGCUGAAAUCUCAAUAUUUCACCAAAUUAUUUGAGGAAUGUGACAACUUCAUUUGGACCAUCAGAGAACCGUUCACCUACCUAGUGCUGGCGCUCUGGUCCGCCUCAUUCCUCUACCUCAUCUGCGUAAUGGUUGGCAGGCUGGAUGUGCUCCACAUACGCUCACACCUGAGGAUACCGUCAUCGCACAGGAUAACGGCGCAGUCAUUGUUGGCUGCAGCGCAAGUCGGAAGGCUUGCCAAGAUAUCCUACCUGCAACCGUAA